CCCGCCCCGCCGCCUCCCGCUCGCGGUGCCGUGCCCAGCAUGCCGCUGGAUCACCGCCGCCUGUGCGGCCCGGAGGAGUCGCAGCCGCCGGCGCUGUGGGCAGGGACCGCGGCCGAGGAUGAGGAGGACGAGGAGGGCGCGGGGGCGGCGCCGCGGGACCCCUGUGCCCUGCGGCCGCUGUUCGCACGGGCCGGGCUGCUGAGCCAGGCGCAGGGCUCGGCCUACGUGGAGCUGGGCAGCGGCACCAAGGUGCUCUGCGCCGCCUGGGGCCCGCGGGAGGCGGCCGAGCCCGGCCCGGGCCGGCUGCUCUGCGAGUUCCGCCGGGCGCCCUUCGCGGGGCGUGGGGCGCGGGGCCGGCCGGGCGCGGCGGCGGAGCGGGAGGCGGAGCGGGAGGCGGCGGCGGCGCUGCGGGAGGCGCUGGAGCCGGCGGUGCGGCUGGGCCGCUACCCGCGGGCCCGCCUGGCCGUCAGCGCGCUGCUGCUGCAGGACGGGGGCUCGGCGCUGGCCGCCGCCAUCAGCGCCGCCGCGCUGGCGCUGGCGGACGCGGGCGUGGAGAUGUACGACCUGGCCGUGGGCUGCGCGCUGUGCCGGCCGCCCGCGCCCGCCGCCUCAUGGAUGCUGCAGCCCGCCGAGCCCGAGGAGCGCCGCGCCGCCGCCCGCCUCACGCUGGCCCUGCUGCCCGCCCUCAACCAGGUGUCGGCCGUGCUGGGCGGCGGCCGCGGCGGCCCGCCCGAGGACUGGGCGCAAGCCCUGCGACUCGGCCUCGAUGGCUGCCACCGGCAGUACCCGGUGCUGCGGCAGAGCCUGCUGCGGGCCGCCCAGCGCCGCGAUGCCGCCGCCGCCGCCGCCACCGCCACUGCUGCCGCCGCCACCAGCGCCUGAGUGAGACCUGCGUCCCCCAGAUGGGGCAUGUCCCAGAGCCCGCCCAAGCUGCUUUCGGUGCUGCCGGAAACCCCUGGAGCCUGCCUGAACCACUCUUCACUGUUGGGGAUUAAAAUAAGUUUAUUUUUAGAAUCUCAGUUUAUGAAGUUGAAGUUGAAGUUUAAUUGUAACUGCUGGUGAACCCCCAGAGCCAGCCUGGUCCAUGCCUCAUGCUGCUGGAGACUGGAUAAGCCAACCUUUGCACUGCUGGAGACCCCCUGGUCCUGCCCACACAGCUGGAGGCCCAAGAACUGUGCUCAAGGACACUGGAAUCCGCCACACACCCCACCCCAAGCACCCCGGAGUGCACCUGAGAAGCCCUCGUGUUGCAGGAGACCAUUCCCGACUGGCACCAUGGGACCCAAACAGCUUUACACACUGCUGAAACCCCUGAAGAGCAACCUCCAUACGGCCUCCACAGCCAGAGCCUGCCUGAGACGUCCCUCCAAGCAAUUGGUGGCACUCCAGGACUCUACAUCUCACCCUGUGGUGGUCACAGCACCAGACUGAAAUCCUCAGUCCAAGCUCCCCACCACAUCCAUCUGUGCAGGCAGCAUCUAGGCAGCACCAGGCAGGAACCACAUUAUGGCAUGGACUUCUUGUCCAGGCAGUGCUUCAGGGUGGCAGAGUUGUGUUUUGUUUAUUUUUUCAUAAUAAUAAACCUUUUUUUUUCUGGCGA